AUUAACUAAUGGAAGUUGUUUGUUUUUAUUGGUCGGAUUAAAAAACAACUUAAAUAAUGUCUAGUUUAAAUUUUCUAAGUAAAUCGUUCGGCGAAUUUGUGGCAAAUGUCAAAAGUUGACAGACAAUGCACUGCACAACCCCAAAAGAACCAAUUACGGAACUGAUUUCUUUUGAUAUAAACAAAGUUUGAUUUUUAGAACUAAAAAUUGGAUAUUAUUAGUUUUUAAUAAGAGAAAAACCUUUCAAAUUGUAUUUACUCUGAGUAAUGAGAGAUUUUCGAUAUUUUUUGUAAAAUUUUUGAAAAAAUCUAUUUGAAAUUAAUGAAAUUUUGUUGAACAAAACAUUAAUGAGUCAAAGCAUCAACAAAAAGUAGAAUACCGGCAAACAAUAUCAAUACAAAUGGAAAUUACAAUAUUAUUAAUAAAACAAACAUAAAUACUUGCAACGAGAGAUUAAAAUCAAAAUUUACAAAAAUACUCACCUUUUUUUUAAAAAAAAAAAGAAAUAACUAAACUAAAACAUGGACCCUAACAAAAAUGUACAAGCAACAACAUCACGAGAGGGUUUACUGCAAGAGACACAACAGCAAGUUAAUGAAUUAAUUGAAAUCUUAUCCGAUAAUGUUGAUCGUGCUUUAGAACGUGAACACAAUCUAACGGAGUUAAAUGAAAUUGGUGAAAAUUUACAAAGACACGCAAGAGAUUUCCGUACUAUGACAUCGGCGCUUAAACCUCAAAACAUCGAUAAGCCUUCAAAAUCGCCACCACGAGAAAACGUAUUACAAGAGACCCAACAGCAAGUUGAUGAAUUGGUUGAUAUCUUAUUCGUUAAUGUACACCGGGCUUUGGAACGUGAACAUAAUCUAUUGGUCUUAAAUGAAAUCGGUGAAAAUUUAGAAAGGGGAGCAUGUGAUUUUCUUGAUAUGGCGGCGACGCUUAAACGUAAUAUGUGGAAGAAGCGUUUGAAAACUGUUUUGGUUUUAAUCGGUGGUAUUGGUGCGAUUUUUCUUGCAAUAUUUUUACUAAUAUAAAAUGUUAAUCCUAGACACAAACCGCUUCAUAUUGGACAGUUCUAUUAACUUUUUUGAACUUAAUGGUCCAAAAAAUAAACAGAUAAUGCCUCAAAGUAAUAAUUUUAUAAGUAAAUACUAAAUAAAGAGUUUUUAAUAAGUUUAAUAUAAGUAAUCAUUGUUUCAUAUACAUAAAUACUUCGAAGAUAUAUCA